CUCUCCUUGUGCCUCUGUGUGUGUCUCCCUCUCUCUGUGUCUCUCUCCCUGUGUCUCUCCCUCUCUCCCUCUCACUGGGGGGAGUUGAACGCUGACCCUAGCUACUGCCCACAGGUGAGGAGGUAAAGAUGCCCAGAGCCUUCCUGGUGAAAACCCGCAACACCAUCUCACGGCAUCGCAACUGGGGCGAGUUACCGGACGAGUUGAGGGCGGAUAUUUAUAUUCCUCUUCCUUUAGAUGUGAUUCAGUGCCAAGGGGAGGAGAUCUGUGAGGCCCCCUUGUGCCUGACUGCCGAUGACAGCACAGAAAAGGAAUCUACAUACGACACUGACUCCAGCACUUCAGCCCAAGACGUUGACAAUGGCAUCAACCAGAGCCCCCAACAAGAAUUCGUGCGUUCCAAAAUUAAGGUGACCAUUGGGGAAUGUGCGGCCCAGAGGUACAUGUGCCACUUGUGCCAGAAGACCUUCCAGUUCCAGCGAAUGCUGAACCGCCACAUGAAAUGCCACAACCUGGUGAAACGGCACAUCUGCACUUUCUGCGGCAAGGGCUUCAACGACACCUUCGACCUCAAGAGGCACGUGCGGACGCACACAGGGAUCCGGCCCUACAAGUGCGAGCUGUGCGAGAAAGCUUUCACUCAACGCUGCUCCCUGGAGUCUCACCUGAAGAAGAUCCACGGGGUCCUGCAGGGCUACGCCUACAAGGAGCGCCGCGCCAAGCUCUACGUGUGCGAGGACUGCGGCUUCACGGCCGAGAGCCAGGAGGGACACUACGUCCACGUCAGGGAGACGCACCCUGAGAGCGCCUUGACGCGCAAGAACGCCAAGAAGGCGUCAGCCCUACAGCCCAGUCACUGAUCCCCCCUUUCCCACUCACCGUGCGCUGGGGCAUUGGGAACUGUUUCAUUCUUUCAUUUAGAGAUACAGCGUGGAAAACAAGGCCCUUCGGCCCACCGAGUCGGCACCGACCAGCCAUCCCCGCACACGAACAGGCGCGCG